UUAAGGAAGUGCUUAUUUGGUCCAAAAUGUGAUAUUGAGCCUUCUCAACUCUAUCGAAAAAGUCCAGCUCUGUGAAUUAGUAAUGCCAUUUUGUAAAGAUGAAGACAAACAAAGAGUCAUCAAGGAAACACUUUGGGCUCAGGUUGCAAGUGGUCACUUGGACCUCGUAGAGAGGCCAGCUGCAGAUUUGGGUAGGACUGCAAACCUCAGGUCAUCCAUCAGUCCCAGUUCUUUUCUGCCUCCUUUUAUUACUGUCAUCAGUGCUUUCCCCUGCUGGCGGGAUGUCCUUUGUGGACACUUGCUCUCUGGGGCCGCCCGAGGCCUUCACAGAUUUCAAACGUUCAAUUUAGGGACGGAGCCUCCCAAUCUCUGAAGGGAUCAACCUGUUCUCCCACAGGCUCGUGGGGUCCCUGCGCCGCCCAAGAAAAGGCAGCGCCGAGGCGCCAGGCCGCGCGCUUUCGUGGCUUUGAAAACUUUCCAGCGCGCGUGCCACGGCGACGCGCAGCGGCCUUGGCGGGACCCACGCGGCCCGCGCCUCCUGCGGGGAACUUUUCAGCGUCUCGGCCGUGUCACUCUCGCUUUCCGAUGCGCCUCCCCCUGGCCUCGAGCUCCGCUAGCUCCCUCCCUCUUGGCGAGGACCGUCCCUGCGCGGCUGCUCUGCGCUCGCUCUGCCGGGGCCGGCCGCACAGCUGAGGAGCCCCUCUCCCCGGCCACCUCCUAGCUCCCUUGUGUGUCGCUUUUCCAAAUGGCCCGGCCGGGUCCGGCGCCCUGAUCGCCAGCGAGCGCAGUGCCGAGCACACCCCGGCAGCCCGGAGCAGGGAAGGGCGGGGUGGGGAGGAGGGGACCCGCCGAGGAGCCGGCGGCUGCUUGGAGCCGACUUUUCGCCAAUGGUCCAAAGCGACAUGUCCAAGUCGCCUCCCACAGCGGCGGCGGCGGUGGCGCAGGAGCUCCAGAUGGAACUGCUGGAGAACCCGGCGCCCGCGGGGGCGCUCGGAGCGGCCGCACAGUCAUAUGGAAAAGGCGCUAGAAGGAAAAACAGAUUUAAAGGAUCCGACGGCAGCACAUCGUCUGACACUACCUCAAAUAGUUUUGUUCGUCAGUUGCUCAGAUGCCCUUUUGUGUCACCAUUCCAGCAUAUUCUGCCACCUUAUUGGAAAUGA